AUGGCGGCUACGACGUCCAAAUGGAGGUUCGAUGUAUUUUUGAGCUUCAGAGGAGAAGACACACGGGAAAAUUUCACACGUUGUCUCUAUGAGGCACUAGACGGGGAAGAGAUCGAAACAUUCAUGGAUGAUGAGAGCGUCCAAAGAGGAAAGCUAAUUUUUGAUGAGAUCAAAGACGCAAUCAAUAAAUCAAGGUGCGCCAUUAUCAUAUUCUCAAGGAACUAUGCUAAUUCGACAUGGUGCCUAAAUGAGCUCGCCUGGAUUAUGGAACGCUGCCAAAAUUAUGGUCAAAAAGUUAUUCCAGUUUUCCUCACAGGUGCAGAUCCAUCCGACGUACGAGAAUUGAAGGGGAACAUUGGAGAGCCUUUUGGCCUACUCAAAAGGGACUACGGCCCAGAGAUGGUGGAUAGGUGGAGGUCUUCACUCACGCUAGCUGGUCAACUCGCUGGACGCACCUUACAUGGCGUUGGGAAUGAAAAGAAAUUGGUUGAAAUAGUUGUGAAAGAUGUCUUGAUGCUCUUGAAUGUUUUGCCAAAAAAAGAAAGAGAAGUCAAGAACUCCCCCAGUGAGAAGUCACUGAAAGCCCCCCAACAAUAUCCCAUUGGAUUAGAUGCCAAGGCCAUAGCUUCCAGUGCCAAGAGUGCCUGUCCCAGUACUGGUAUACGAAUUAAUGAACCAAAACAGUCAUUUGACAAGUCGAAGACAUACCCUAUAAGGCAGCAGCAGGGACAGUUGGUCGUCCGGGAGGACAGCCAUGAUAGGAAUGAGAAAAAACUCCAGAACUCUUUAGGUAAGAUGUCCCUAAAUGCCCACAAACAUCUCAUUGGAGUAGAUCCCAAGGCCCCCAAAAAAAUAGAAGCCAAGGCCACAUCUAAUAGUGCCAAUCGUGCCAUUCCCAAGGCCCCAAAAAAUAAAGAAGCCAAGGCCAAAUCUAAUAGUGCCAAUCGUGCCAUUCCCAGUACCAGUAUCAAAACUAGUGUACCAAAGCAGUCAUAUUACAAGUCGAAGACAAAUUGUAUGGGGCUCCAGGGACAGCUGAUCAAAGCGGAGGAGAAACAGAAGUAUCAGAAUGUACCAAAAAGGUCAUAUCAUGGAGGGCAGGUGUACGACAGCAGCGACGACAGCAGCAGCACCAGUUACAGCAGCAGCAGCAGCGAUGACAGCAGCGACUAG